GAGCGACUGAAUACUAGUACAUUUUUUUUCCCCCUUAACUCUCUUCACGCUCUAUCUAUCAUCAUCACCUUCCUCUCAUUCAAUUUUUCCUCUCUCGUCGGCAAAAAAUGGUUUAUACGAUCUCAGGGAUUCGGUUCCAUGCAGUUCUGCCGCUGUGCAAGUGCUCCGACUCCACCUUCAAUGGCGACAGGAGGGUGCCGCUGUCUCUCUUCAUGAGGAAGGACUCCUCUGCUAGUAGGAAGAUUUUUGUAACCAAGCCUACUUAUAAUUCUGAUUCGGUGUUGUCGACUGCAACUGCUGCUUCUGACAAGGCCUUAGUUCCUGGGAGUGGAAGCGAUGGAUCUUCGACUUUGGCCGGGCAGUCUGAAACUUCCGGUGCAGUCUCCGAGGAUCCUCAGGUGCUUCAUGAUGUAGAUAGUCAAACAAUAGAAGCUGAUGAGAAGACAGAGGAAGAAACAGAUCAAGAUCUUCAAUCAUUGCCAGUAGAUAAUACUGAUGGUGAUCAAGGAGCACUGGAGAUAUCAAUUCCUUCAAAAAAUAACAAGGCUGAAACCACCAUGAGGUCCAUUCCUCCACCUGGCAGUGGACAGAGAAUCUAUGAUAUAGAUCCAUAUUUGUUGAGUCACAGAGGACAUCUUGAUUACCGAUAUGAACAGUACAGAAGGAUGAGGGAGGCUAUUGACCAGAAUGAAGGUGGUUUAGAGGCAUUCUCUCGUGGCUAUGAAAAGUUUGGUUUCACACGCAGUGCCACAGGUAUCACGUACAGGGAAUGGGCACCAGGAGCCAUGUCAGCUGCGUUGAUUGGAGACUUCAACAAUUGGAAUCCUAAUGCAGAUAUUAUGAGCCGGAAUGAGUUUGGUGUCUGGGAAAUUUUUUUGCCCAAUAAUGCGGACGGUUCCCCAGCCAUUCCCCAUGGUUCUCGCGUGAAGAUUCGAAUGGAUACUCCUUCUGGCAUCAAAGAUUCGAUUCCUGCUUGGAUCAAGUUUUCAGUACAGGCUCCAGGUGAAAUACCGUACAAUGGCAUAUACUAUGAUCCACCAGAAGAGGAAAAGUACGUAUUUCAACAUCCUCAGCCAAAAAAGCCAAUAUCACUUAGAAUUUAUGAGAGCCAUGUUGGUAUGAGUAGUACGGAACCGAUUAUAAAUACAUAUGCAAACUUUCGAGAUGAUGUCCUUCCUCGCAUUAAGAAGCUUGGAUACAAUGCUGUCCAGAUCAUGGCUAUACAAGAGCAUUCUUAUUAUGCUAGCUUUGGGUACCAUGUCACCAACUUUUUUGCUCCUAGCAGUCGUUGUGGAACCCCUGAAGAACUUAAAUCAUUGAUUGAUAGAGCUCAUGAGCUCGGGUUGCUUGUUCUCAUGGAUAUUGUUCAUAGUCAUGCGUCAAAGAAUGUGUUGGAUGGACUAAACAUGUUUGAUGGCACUGAUGGCCAUUACUUCCAUUCUGGGUCACGUGGUUAUCAUUGGAUGUGGGAUUCUCGACUUUUUAAUUACGGAAGCUGGGAAGUACUGAGGUUUCUACUAUCAAAUGCAAGAUGGUGGCUCGAAGAAUACAAGUUUGACGGGUUCAGAUUUGAUGGUGUGACCUCAAUGAUGUACACUCAUCAUGGCUUGGAGGUAGGGUUUACUGGAAACUACAGUGAGUACUUUGGAUUUGCUACAGAUGUAGAUGCUGUUGUGUAUUUGAUGCUGGUGAAUGAUAUGAUUCAUGGGCUUUAUCCCGAGGCUGUCACAAUUGGUGAAGAUGUCAGUGGAAUGCCUACCUUUUGCAUUCCUAUCCAAGACGGUGGAAUGGGAUUUGAUUACCGACUGCACAUGGCCAUUGCUGAUAAAUGGAUUGAGCUUCUCAAGAAAAGCGAUGAAGACUGGGAAAUGGGUGAUAUUGUUCACAUGCUUGUUAACAGAAGGUGGUUAGAGAAGUGCGUUGCAUAUGCUGAAAGUCAUGAUCAAGCUCUUGUUGGUGAUAAAACAGUUGCAUUUUGGUUGAUGGACAAGGACAUGUAUGACUCCAUGGCUUUGGACAGACCAUCAACUCCUGCAAUUGAUCGUGGAAUAGCAUUGCAUAAAAUGAUAAGGCUUAUUACCAUGGGAUUGGGUGGAGAAGGAUAUCUGAAUUUCAUGGGGAAUGAAUUUGGACAUCCUGAGUGGAUUGAUUUUCCAAGGGGCGAUCAGCAUCUUCCUGGUGGUGCAGUAAUUCCUGGAAACAACUUUAGUUAUGAUAAAUGUCGGCGUAGAUUUGAUUUGGGAGAUGCAGAUUAUUUAAGAUACCGUGGUAUGCAAGAAUUUGACCGGGCCAUGCAGCAUCUUGAAGAAUCAUUUGGCUUCAUGACAUCUGGACACCAAUAUGUUUCUCGAAAAGACGACAGUGAUAAAAUCAUUGUGUUCGAGAGGGGGGAUCUGGUUUUCGUUUUCAAUUUCCAUUGGAGUAACAGCUAUUACGACUACCGAGUGGGUUGCCUAAAGCCUGGAAAAUACAAGAUUGUCUUGGACUCGGACGAAGCAUUGUUCGGGGGGUUCAAUCGCCUCGAUCAUUCUGCCGAAUACUUCUCAUUUGAGGGAAACUAUGAUAACAGACCUCGUUCCUUCCUCGUAUAUGCUCCUUCCAGGACGGCUGUGGUUUAUGCGCUUGCACCAGAUGAUUCUGAGCUUGUGCAGGGUGAAGAAACCAAAACUGAACCUGAACCUGAAACUGAAACUUCAAUGGAGUAGAGUUUCUGAUGUGAUGAAGAAGAUGGUUCAACAAUUCUAGUGACAUCGAACCGAUACCCAAUCUUCUUGGGCAUGGGAGACAAUUCUGGUAGCUAAAUUGGAUACACAGCUAACAAGGUAAUAAUCUCUUAUUCGAUGCAACGAAUUUCAUAUGCAUAAAGUAAAGACAAGUUCAGAGGAUGAGUAGUAGAUGUUUUCUUUGUAUAGUUUUAUUUAACUUUUCUUUUCUUUGGCAAUUAUAUUUAAUUCUUGGCAAUUAAAUAAAACCCUUUCCAAGUCAUGUUUAAUUUAUAAGGAAAUACGUUGUGCACUUCACCUUUUCUCAAGCUUGUAAUAAUCUUCUUUCCUUUCUUUUAAUUGAUUGGUUUCAGUAACGACUCUAA